AUGGCGGUACUCGUAUCACUCUGCCUGGUGCUGUUUCUCCCUCUGGCGGCCGCAAGCCGUAGUCCCACACAGCAGCCGCUCGAGGGUUUGCUGUCCGGGCAGUGGCAGUACCAGUUCGACACACCGGACCAGGACGACUCCUCAUGUCACAUCAGCCGGCUUACUGCGUAUGAGCAGGUCAAGGGACCCGUGGCGUUUUCCGUCUCCGCAGCCGAGCAUCCGGAGGUUCCCAAACUAUCGGCCAUCAACGACACCGUGUGGGAGCAGUGGGAGUUCGAUGGCGUGGCCGCGUCGGGAAGCGUCAACAUCCUAAUGGGCUUCUCGCGCGAUCCUUCGUACGGCUUCUUCGGGCAGGGCAACCUACGCGUCGAGUUCUACAUGACGCUCGAGGACGGGACACGCAUCCAGGAACUGGAGUACACGCAGCAAUCGACUAUCAAGGACUGCCCCGAUUCCGUCUCCGGAGUCUGGAACAGCUCUGACCGUUACUACGCCUUCUGGGUCGCGAAGGACAUGCAGACAGCCAAGGUGUGGUGGGAGGCGCGUCACGAAAAAGGGUAUCUCGUCCUGGAGUCCCGCACGCCGCCACAUCUUGCGGACGGACAGCUCUGGCAGCCGAAGGUGCAGGGGGAGGAGGAGGAGCAAGCGACGGGCCAGCCGGCAGUCGAGAUGGCGCCAGGCCUGUACUUCAAUCAACCCAUCGCAGGCGGCAGGCUGACUGGGCAAAUCAAAGUCGGUAAGAAAACAAUGCACAUCACCGGCUCCGGCGGACACUGCCGGCUGUGGGCCGAGGACAGCUGGUUCAAAGUGUGCCGCGGCUGGCACGUGGUGCGUGGGUUUCUCGGCCCGUACACGAUCAGCUACUGGCAGCCACUCUCGCGGGUGCACGAUUGGGUGUCGUACUUUUCGGCCAUCCUCUUCAAGAACGGCGAGGUAGUGGUUGCGACGCAGAUCGGGACCGUCGCCCGCGAGAUGGACCACGUCCUUUUCAGGCCCGACUACGCAAGCGGGAACGUCAGCGGCAGCAUGGCCGACAAGUCUACGGGCCGCAUCCUGGAGUUUGUGUCCAAGACCACCGGGAAGACGUGGCGCUUCCAACACACUCACCGGAGCAAGAUGUUCGAGAUGUCGCUCGGGGGCGGCACGGGAUUGACGGGGUUUAUGGAUGAUGUGGUGGGAGGCGAGGUGGGCACUAAUGAGCACUUUCAGGGCAGGGGAAUUACCGAGCAGGUGCUCUUGCCAGAUAAAAUCAAGCAGUGGCAGAUCUGGGUCGUGUAUGGCAUUGGGUUUCUAGGAAGAUGGAAGAACAGGCUAGCGAACUUUGUGCCGUCACUUUGGUAG